GGACUUCCUGAGGAAGCAGUCAUCAAUUCUGACCAGGAUUAAAGCAUCGCAAUGACAGGCUCGGUGCAUGGUGUCCAUCUUGUCGGGAGCGUACCACUGCCAGAUGCAGAAUCAGUCUUCCGACAAUGCGUCGCCGCUGUGCCCAAUCGACUGAAGCGCAUACCGGACGGCGAGACCGGCAACCGCCAGCUGUUCACCACCUUUCAGGCGGCUGCAUUUGAUGUCUACCCCGCUAUGAAGACGCACUUCAUUCACAAUGCACCCAUCAAUAACAACGACUUUACGCCGGAGCAGAUCGACGAGGGCGUCGAAGUCUUGAAGAAUGCAGACAUCGAGACUGGUUACGACACCGUUGCCAUUGCAAGCUAUGAAGUCUUUCGAAAGCUUCGUGAAGAGCGCGUCAUCCCAGAAGGUGUGAGGUUCCAGGUCUCGCUGCCAACGGUUGCCAAUGUCAUCAUGCCAUUCGUUCAGAAAGCCUUUAUCCAGCGCGUGGAACCUAUCUAUGAAGCCGCGCUCUUCAAGGCCAUGAGAAGGAUACAAGACGCAAUUCCACACCAAGAUCUGGCUUUCCAGUUGGAUAUCGCGGCAGACACAGCAUUCUGGGAGGCCACAGACCCGCAGAACGUCAAGGAGAACGAUGGAUUGCUGUGGUUCCAGCCUUGGUGGACCGGCGACGUCAAAGACUACUGCACAGACUACAUCGUGAGGUUCUGCAGCCAAGUCGAUCAAGAUGUCGAGCUUGGAAUGCACAAUUGCUACGGUGACAUGCAGCAUCGGCAUUGGCACGAACCCAAAUCUUUGGCCGUGGUGGUCGAACGCCAGAAGCGAGUAAUGGAAGCCUCUCCCCAUCCGAUGAACUUCUUCCAUAUGCCUGUCCCAAAGUCUGCUGUGCAGCGACCGGAGGUUGGUCUGACCAAGUAUCUGUCGCCACUGAAGGAACUCCUACCUUUGAUCGAACGCGAUGGUACAGAUGUCUACCUCGGCCUUGUUCACGAAUACAAAAAAGAACUCACAGAAGAGAUGAUCGAGGCUGUGAAGGAGACUAUUCCCGGACUUCAGUUUGGCGUGGCCACAGAAUGUGGCGGCGGCCGCAUGGACUGGCCUGCCUUUGAAGAUGCUCUGAAAAUCGCGGCCCAAGUCACAAAAGCCUCUGAGGAAAAUGAUCCGGUCGAUUUAUCGGCGACUGCUGGCGCCAGUCAUUCCAGUGAGAGUGAUGAUGAGACCGCAACAACGCAGACUGUAAUUUAAUAAAUGUGGCGGGUGAGUGGAAUGAUAUUGUGUAAUAAUAGUUUAGCUCUGCUGGCGUCGGUAAUAUGCUUGCCUGGAGCGAGUGGUCUCGUCAGCGUCAGCCAACCUUGCUGUACCGCCUGAUGAAAUGAGUUCCCCACGAGCGAUGACACUAAUAAUAACCUUUGCUCUG